GGUAUACCAUCAGAAAACCAACUUGUCAGUUGUGAUAUUGCAGAUACGUAGCAGGAAAAUCAAUUCAUUGAAUCUCGUUAGCCUGAUAAUAAAUACCAGUCAACCCCUGAGUACCUACAAAAACGCCGCUCAAUUCACCCACUUUACCAUGCUUUACUCGUUCUACAUCUUUGAUAGACACUGCAACUGUAUUUACCAUCGUCGGUUUUCCCUUGUGGAUGAUGGGGCCACAAAUACGGAUAAUGAAUCGGAUGUGGCAAAGCUCCUCUUUGGGGUUUUGUACUCGUUGAAAAACAUCUCUUCGAAGCUUGGUGACCAGUCAACUAAUGCGGGUGGCUUCAACUAUUUGAAGUCUUUUUCCACCUCAAGUUUUCGAAUUCACUUUUUAGAGACCUUGUCCAACUUGAAGUUCGUGUUGAUAACUGACAACUUGAUUGACAACGUGCGAAGCGUGUUAUGGGAGUUGUAUUCCACAUAUUAUUUGAAUAAUAUCGCUUUAAACCCAUUAAGCCCGGUGGACUUUAAAGGGGAUGAGAAGAUCACCAACCCCAAUUUCAUCAGCCAAACUGAUCAGUUUCUUAGGUCAUUACCGGUGUACGGAGGCCAGUGAUUGCUUAGGAAACCGGGAUAGCGGCAGCAAUCAGACAAGUCCGCAUCAUCACGGUCGCGUUCCCCAAAACACCGGCAUCCCGGCCUUAACUAUGGGUGUUAGGGUGCGAAAUUCCGGCCCAUAGAUUUUUCCAGUGCAUCAGGUUUUGUGAAGUCUAUGGUUAUACUCUAUAAAAGGAAAUUAAGUUCCCCAAGGAAUGUAACUUCCAUAAUUAAAUCAAGUAUGUCAGAAACAGAAUUCAAAUUCAAGUCAAUACACCAUGAAAUAAGUUUGGUAACUAUUAUAGCCAUGGCUCAGAUUCUCUGUCAAGGUAGUAUAACCAUGUCAAUGAGUAUCAUGGAUGUCGUGUUGAAAUCGUUUCCUGGAGAAUACCAGUCUUCUAUUAAAGUAUGGUUUAUGGGUUCUUUUGCCUUGACGCUUGGAACCUUCAUCUUAAUCUCAGGAAAACUUGGUGACAUAUAUGGCCUCAAAUGUAUAUUUGCCAUUGGGUGGGUUUGGACUUGUCUUAGUGCUUUGCUCACGGGUUUAUCUGUGUACACUCACUCAGUGGUAUUUUAUAUUAUCUGCAGAGCCUUGCAAGGUAUUGGCUUUGCUUUAUUAUUACCUUGUGGUAUGGGUAUCAUUGGUAACCUUUACCCAGUAGGUUUCAGAAAGAACUUUGUGUUUUCUAUUGUGGGGGCUGCCGGACCUUUUGGUGCUGCGCUAGGUGCAUUAAUGGCUGCUGUCAUCGCCCAACUUUCGUGGUGGCCUUUAUGUUUUUUCAUAAUAAGUAUCAUUGGUGCUGCUUUUGCUGGUUUAACCAUCUGGUUGAUUCCAAACUCAAUUAACGCAGCCUCCAAAGAUUUUAAAGAAUUUGACCUUAUUGGUUCUUUAAUUGGAACAACUGGUUUGAUCUUGUUGAAUAUCGUUCUUAAUCAAGGACCUUUAGCCGGUUGGAAUAAGCCUUAUAUAAUUGCCUUGUUGGUAAUUUCUGUUUUUUUGAUCGGAGGGUUUUUCAUCUAUGAACUCAAAUUUGCUGAGUAUCCCCUUUUACCAAUGUCUAUUUUCAACUACAAAAUAGGAAUGGUAUUGAUAUGCAUUGCCCUCGGAUGGGGUUCGUUCGGGAUCUGGCAAUACUACUAUUGGAUUAUCAUGUUGGAGUUACGAAAUUAUACUCCUAUUGCUGUUGGUGCCAGUUAUAUUCCUGUCUUAGUUUUGGGAAUAGUGGCAGCCAUGCUGGUAGCUUUUAUUAUUCACAGAACCAGACCCUCAUAUAUCUUGUUUGCUGCAAGUCUUGGGUUCCAUGUUGGAUGUAUCAUGUUGGCGGUUACCCCUGUAAAGCAAUCAUACUGGGGAUUGACUUUUGGCCAGUUGUUUAUUUUGACUUGGGGAAUGGACCUAAGUUUUGCAGCUGGUUCAAUCAUUUUAUCAGAUUUCUUACCAAAAGAACACCAAGGUAUGGCUGGUUCACUAGUAUCUACUGUUGUGAACUACUCGGUCUCCUUAUUUUUAAGUCUUGCUAGUAACAUUGAAGUUGAAACUUACAAGAAGGUACACAGUUCAAUUAAAAGUUAUAGAAAUGCCAUCUACUUUGGGAUUGGUAUUUCUGGUUUGGGAGUUCUACUCGCAUUUGCAUUCAUACUUUUCCAGAUAUUUCUUCAUGAUAAGAACGACACGUUGGACAAAGAGUCAAACUUCGACUUACAAUCAGAAACAACACAAGUUCCAUCAGACGACGAAUUGGAAAAGUAAUAUUUGGGUAAUCUAGUUAGUUUAUAGAGUUAAUGCAUAGAAAACAAAAA